UGUUCGCCGGUUGUGUCGUUCGAAAGCAAUCUUAUUUUAAAUAUGACAAAACAAUUGACCGACCAGAUUUUGGAAUAUUUGGAUAAGUACGGCGAAGUAACUUCUUUCGAUCUGGCAGAUGUUUUUAAAGAAAACCAUCAGAAAAUAAUUGGAGCCAUAAAAAGUCUGGAAGCAAUUGGCGACUUGAUCACAGCUGAGAGCGUGAUCACAAAAAAGUGGGAAUUAACGUCAGAAGGACAACACGUGGUAAGCUAUGGGAGCCACGAAGCAGCAGUUUAUAAUUCGAUCCCCGAUGAUGGUAUACCCCAGUCCGAAAUUAUGCAAUCCGUACCAUUUGCUAAAGUCGGAUUCUCGAAAGCAUUACAGGCUGGCUGGAUAGAAAUUCACAAAACUAGUGGAACAGCCAUUGUAAAAAAGAAAGUAUCAUCCAUCGAGGACAUUACGCAGAUUCAUUUGAAGGAUCUAACAAACCUGACUGAUCGUCUUAGAAGCGACUACAAGAAGAGGAAACUCAUUCAAGAAGUGGUUGUUAAGUCAAUACUGUUGGGGAAAGGCCCAAACUUUCUGACAAAGGUUGAAAAAUUAGAAACAGAAUUGACUGCAGAUUUAUUGGUGAACGGUGCUUGGAAAAAUAAAAAAUUCAAACCAUACAAUUUUACGGCGCUUGGCUCUGCUCUUGAAGUAGGACACUUGCAUCCUCUUUUGAAAGUUAGAAAUGAAUUUAGAAAAAUUUUCCUUGAAAUGGGAUUCACAGAAAUGCCCACGAAUAAUUUCGUGGAAAGUUCAUUCUGGAACUUUGAUGCUUUGUUUCAACCCCAACAACAUCCGGCUAGAGACGCCCAUGAUACUUUUUUUGUAUCCGAGCCAUUACAUAGUACAAAUUUUCCAAUGGAGUAUUUAGAGAAAGUAAAACGCGUUCAUAGCGAAGGGGGUUACGGGUCUAUGGGGUAUCGUUAUGAAUGGAAAAUAGAGGAAGCCCAGAAGAACCUUCUUCGCACUCAUACGACCGCUGUUAGCGCUAGAAUGCUUUACAAGCUUAUACAAGAGGGUGGUUUCAAACCAGUGAAAUAUUUUAGCAUCGAUCGAGUAUUUCGUAACGAAACUCUGGAUGCUACGCAUCUAGCGGAAUUUCACCAAAUCGAAGGUGUAGUCGCCGAUUAUAAUCUUACGUUAGGCGAUCUAAUAGGAAUACUGUACGAAUUUUUCAAAAAACUCGGUAUUACGCAACUUGAGUUCAAACCCGCGUAUAAUCCGUACACCGAACCGAGCAUGGAAAUUUUCUGUUACCACAAUGGCCUGAAUAAGUGGAUAGAAAUUGGUAACAGUGGAAUGUUCAGGCCAGAAAUGUUGUUACCAAUGGGAUUACCCGACAAUGUGAACGUAAUCGCAUGGGGAUUGUCCCUAGAAAGGCCGACUAUGAUUAAAUACGGAUUAAACAAUAUACGAGAUUUGGUAGGAUCGAAAGUGGAUAUGGAAAUGGUUUAUAACAAUCCUAUUUGUCGCUUAAACAAGACCAGCCACAAUUCUUUGCAAAGACAAAAGCUCGAAGGCCAAAAAGAAAAAUCGAUAGUGCAAGAAUCGAACGAGCGCGAAAAUGAACGUUGCGACGUCGAUCGUCUAGGGAAAUUCGAUAAACAGAAACUAGUGAUAUUUUGCAACCCAAGUUAUCCAAUCAGGUUCAUAGAAUCUUUCUGUGGCCACAUGAAACCUUACAUUGGCAUUUCUGUGUCGACGCACACGCACUCGAGCAUUCAACGUUUGCCAAACGAUUUGGCAACGUUCUGUUCGGAAUAUCGAAACAAUGACCAGGAUAUCGAUCUGGAUCUGACGAUAAUUUGGAAACAAAUUGGAAUCGAUCCGAUAAUGCGGUUACCGGGGAUGCACCAAAUACUAGGCGAGGUAAACAUAGCUCGAUAUCUCAAUCGAUUGAUCGAAAGUUACAAUCCGCGUAUAUUGCGAUACGAAAGCAAUGGCGCAUUAUACGCGAAUCAAAUAGAUUAUUAUUUAGAAAAAGUGCAUAGCAUGUUGCACGGGCACGAGUUUAAAGGUAUUAAAAACAAAUCACGUUACCUAAUGGGCGAGGACAUGUCUAUCGUCGACAUCAUUUUGAAAUCCCUCGAAAAGCAUAAAUUGCCCGAACGGAAAUGAAAGGAUCAAAUUUUCUAGAAAUCCUACGAACUAUCUUUUUACAUUAAAUAUACAUAAUACUGAGAAAUUUAAUUUAAUUGCACGGGGAAGUACCGAGACAUCGCGUUUAUUUAUGAUUCCAAAUAGAACCGAGGCAAAUAGUUUUAGAAAUACGAUACAUUCGUGUUCGUUUCUUCGUCGCACGGAUUACGAAAUGUUACGUGGUGUUGUGAGUCUAAUGUUUCCGCCGAUGGUGAUUGUAUUGCGUGCGUGCUGAAUGCAAACAUGGCAAUUUAUUAUUUGUAUAUAUAUUUAAAGUGAUCAAAUUUAAUCGAAUGCGUGGUUUUUGGCUCACGAAACAUAUAAAGAGAAAAUGGCCGAUGCGACCAGCCGAAAUACUUACUAUUGUUGGUAGAGUGUAUGUGAACGUGUACGUGUGUCGUGCAGAGAUGAGAAAAAUUCUCAUCCGAAUUAAAAAAGUUUUAAAUCAUGAACAGAAGAUUCUAUUAAAUAGAUAACAGUUUACUCGAGUAACUGUUGCAAAUUAAUCGCAUUGACCGUUUAUGGUAAAUGAUUAUUUGGUACUUUCUCUUCUGUACUUUGGAAAACAAUGUAUUUCCUAAUUCAUUAACAAUCAAUUCAACUAAAAAAUGUACUACAGUAACUCGUUCGUAUAAUUGUCCAGUGUCUAAAUUUAUUUAAACGUAAUAAAUAUUAAAUUAAAUAAAUUACGGUGAAUGUAUCUUCGUUCUAUCAACAUGGAGAUGAAGGAACAAUAAAAGGGUUGCUGUACAAGUUGUAUGAAAUCGAUGAUACGCCGAAAAUUAUUUAUUAUUCUAUAUUU